GUGCGUAUCCUGCUCUGCCUCCCGUUGCUAACGCUCCGACCCCUCAUCUCAAAUGCCUCGUCUGGAACGGCGAAGAAACACACCCCACAACAAGUUAACAAAACAAUACUGGGUGAAUUGCAACAAUACUAAUAUGUUCUGGAGAAACAAUGAUUGACUAUACGUUUUUGCAUCCAAGCUGUCGCCCUUUUGCGGUUGGGAAGUUCUGAAAAAGCGCAAAAGGACCUGGAACUUUGGAAGAUCUCCAGUUGCUUUCCACUCUACUGAUCAAGCCGGUGGUCCGGUCGAGCUUUAAAGUCUAUGCAAUACAUUUUAGACUUCUCUCGACUCAGGGAUUUGUGCGCUCGGAAAGCUUGACUUCUACAUAAUUGUCCUAGGUUAUGUUUUGUCGUGGUGGGCACCUUCAUGCGAUAAGGAUAUGGUAUUUCUUUAACAUUAUCCUGGUUUUGUUUUUGACAAUGGAAAGCAAAUGAAAGGGGCAGUUCACGGGAUUAAUUGACAGCACAACGACAGUAUGCGGGAGAGAGACCUACGGAGAGUGUGCAAAAGGGGGCUGCUGCUGGCCGUCUGUGUGGUGUCUCUCUGGGGACAGCUGACCCUCGCAUCGUCACACAGAAGUCACAUAGUGCAUGUCAAAGCAGGGACCUGUGAAGUGAUCGCCGCCCACCGCUGCUGCAACAAGAACAAGAUUGAGGAGAGAUCCCAGACGGUCAAAUGUUCCUGCUUCCCCGGACAGGUUGCCGGGACAACAAGAGCGGCUCCAUCUUGUGUGGACGCAUCCAUAGUUGCCCAGAAGUGGUGGUGCCAGAUGCAUCCAUGUAUGGAUGGGGAGGAGUGUAAAGUGUUGCCUGACCUGAAAGGCUGGAGCUGCAGUACAGGAAACAAAGUAAAGACGACGAAGGUCACACGAUAGUGCUGUCUGUCCUGGAUCUGAAGACUUGGCAUCAGUCAUCUCUUCCUUGACAGAAACCACAGGGACUUCUUGGAUGUGAAGACUGUAUUGAAGGAUUGUGGGAUGGAACCAGGGACCAAUAAGGGGGAAAAAGGAAACACUGAAAUUCCACUGAAUGGAUGCAGAGCAGAGACUUGACUUGGAGAUCCCAUAGAACCACCUAUCCAGACUACUGGACUACUGAUCAGAUCCCAUAUAACCACCUAUCCAGACUACUGGACUACUGAUUAGAUCCCAUAGAACCACCUAUCCAGACAACUGAACUACUGAUCAGAUCCCAUAGAACCACCUAUCCAGACAACGGGACUACUGAUCAGAUCCCAUAGAACCACCUAUCCAGACUACUGGACUACUGAUCAGAUCCCGUAGAACCACCGAUCCAGACUACUGGACUACUGAUCAGAUCCCAUAGAACCAACUAUCCAGACACUGGACUACUGAUCAGAUCCCAUAGAACCACCUAUCCAGACUACUGGACUACUGAUCAGAUCCCAUAGAACCACCUAUCCAGACUAAUGGACUACAGAUCAGAUCCCAUAGAACCACCUAUCCAGACUAAUGGACUACUGAUUAGAUCCCAUAGAACCACCUAUCCAGACACUGGCCUACUGAUCAGAUCCCAUAGAACCACCUAUCCAGACUACGGGACUACUGAUCAGAUCCCAUAGAACCACCUAUCCAGACUACGGGACUACUGAUCAGAUCCCAUAGAACCACCUAUCCAGACUACUGGACUACUGAUGAGAUCCCAUAGAACCACCUAUCCAGACACUGGACUACUGAUCAGAUCCCAUAGAACCACCUAUCCAGACUACUGAUCAGAUCCCAUAGAACCACCCAUCCAGACUACUGGACUACUGAUGAGAUCCCAUAGAACCACCUAUCCAGACACUGGACUACUGAUCAGAUCCCAUAGAACCACCUAUCCAGACUACUGAUCAGAUCCCAUAGAACCACCUAUCCAGACAACUGGACUACUGAUCAAAUCCCAUAGAACCACCUAUCCAGACUACUGGACUACUGAUCAGAUCCCAUAGAACCCCCUAUCCAGACUACUGAUCAGAUCCCAUAGAACCACCUAUCCAGACUACUGGACUACUGAUCAGAUCCCAUAGAACCACCUAUCCAGACUAAUGGACUACUGAUUAGAUCCCAUAGAACCACCUAUCCAGACACUGGACUACUGAUCAGAUCCCAUAGAACCACCUAUCCAGACACUGGACUACUGAUCAGAUCCCAUAGAACCACCUAUCCAGACUACUGAUCAGAUCCCAUAGAACCACCUAUCCAGACAACUGGACUACUGAUCAGAUCCCAUAGAACCACCUAUCCAGACUACUGGACUACUGAUCAGAUCCCAUAGAACCCCCUAUCCAGACUACUGAUCAGAUCCCAUAGAACCACCUAUCCAGACUACUGGACUACUGAUCAGAUCCCAUAGAACCACCUAUCCAGACUAAUGGACUACUGAUUAGAUCCCAUAGAACCACCUAUCCAGACACUGGACUACUGAUCAGAUCCCAUAGAACCACCUAUCCAGACACUGGACUACUGAUCAGAUCCCAUAGAACCACCUAUCCAGACUACUGAUCAGAUCCCAUAGAACCACCUAUCCAGACUACUGAUCAGAUCCCAUAGAACCACCAAUCCAGACUACUGAUCAGAUCCCAUAGAACCACCUAUCCAGACUACUGAUCAGAUCCCAUAGAACCACCUAUCCAGACUAUGGGACUACUGAUCAGAUCCCAUAGAACCACCUAUCCAGACUACGGGACUACUGAUCAGAUCCCAUAGAACCACCUAUCCAGACUACUGAUCAGAUCCCAUAGAACCACCUAUCCAGACUACUGAUCAGAUCCCAUAGAACCACCAAUCCAGACUACUGAUCAGAUCCCAUAGAACCACCUAUCCAGACUACUGAUCAGAUCCCAUAGAACCACCUAUCCAGACUACUGGACUACUGAUCAGAUCCCAUAGAACCACCUAUCCAGACUACUGAUCAGAUCCCAUAGAACCACCUAUCCAGACUACGGGACUACUGAUCAGAUCCCAUAGAACCACCUAUCCAGACUACUGAUCAGAUCCCAUAGAACCACCUAUCCAGACUACUGAUCAGAUCCCAUAGAACCACCUAUCCAGACUACUGGACUACUGAUCAGAUCCAAUUCCUAGCCAUUAUUGUUUAUGUUUUUUCCUCCAAUGAACUGCUACAGUAGGAGAUCCAAACCUGCAAGGUAUUUAUUCAGUAAAAACAAAAACUGUGGAUUAUGCAAGCAAGAUAAACCUUCAUGCGAAACAUGUGACGUGACAUUUUCAAAUAUUUUUCCUCUUUUUGCCACAGAGAGCUCAAUGACUCCAAAACAAAGUGUUUGUGUUCGAGAUUUAGAUUAUAAGCAUAUCCAUUUAUUUUUAACAGUACGAAGCAGACAUCUCUUCUUUUUAAGGCUUUUAAUUUUUUUAACGAAUUAAGUGUUUGGUUUUAGUAAAUCUGUUGGACUGUCAGGUCUGCUUUUGAAGACUUGAGACAUGGAAGGAGAUGCCACAGUGAAAGAUAGUACUAACUACUAUGUUGCAGUGCUUGAAGUAAAGGCACCAUGGUUUCAACGAACCAAUUAAAAUGACAUCAGCUGAA